AUGUUCGAGGUGGCUGAACCCAUUCAAAUGAUAUCCAUAAAGCCUCAUCUCUUGAAGGUGCUUACACAAAUAUUGGCCAAUCAAAUCUCACAAAAGGCAACAAAAGCUGCACUGAAAUUACUCAUCGGCGUUUGUCCAUGGGGUCGGAAUAGGAUAAAAGCGGUGGAGGCAGGAGUAGUUUCUGUAUUAAUCGAUACCCUCCUCGAUUGUACUGAUCAAAAGAGGGUCCCGGAGAUGGUGUUGACACUGUUAGACCAUCUUUGCCAGUGUGCUGAUGGCCGGGCUGAGCUCUUGAAACAUGGUGCAGGUUUAGCGGUGGUUUCCAAGAAAAUCUUUCGUGUUUCACAGGUGGUAAGUUCAAGGGCUGUGAGGAUACUGCAUGCAGUGGCAAAGUUCUCUGGAAAUACGAGUGUAGUACACGAGAUGUUGCAGUUGGGGGUGGUGGGGAAACUAUGUUUCGUGUUACAAGUAGAGUGUGGGAGCAAGACCAGCGAGAAAGCUAGCGAGAUUCUGAAGAUGCAUGCUAGGGCUUGGAAGAAUUCCUCAUGUAUACUCUAUGAGUUGGAGAUGGUGGUGAUUGGAUGGUUCUCGGCAAAGGCACGACAUUUGUGGCCGGUGUUCACGGUGGUUAGUGGUGGAGAUGACACGUGGAAUAAGUGUGACGGAUCGGAAAUAUGUGGAAGAUGGUGGUGCGUGAAUGGUUCCCCGCAAAGGCAGAGGCUCUAUUGA